GGACAACAAGGGGUUAAAAACUACAGGCUGAGCUGUGGGGGAGGAGGAGGGGUCCAAGUAAAAUCCAUUCAGCCUCCUCAUAUCUACAAGGGGUGGGAUGGAUGGAUGCUCACGCUGAAGGGCUGUUUAAAAACACUGAAACACAACUUAUUUCUCAUGGCAGAGCGAGUCAUCAAUGUACAUUUCUCACCUAGGAGCCAGAAAUUGGUUCUGGCACUUUGGCACAUCGUAUUUUGUUCUGUUUGCAUGGCUCAUCCGAACUGAACUGAACUACUCAGACCCUUAAGAUCUCUGCUUCUGUAUGUAAAACCAAGUAUCUUUAAGGUCUAAUUGGAACCGAUGUGAGCUGUAAUUAUUCAGCAGUGUUUUUUCUUUUUUUUUUGCCCCUGGGGCAAAUCACUCCACUUUUAGAGGUUAGUCUUUAGAUUAACUUCCCUUUGCUUUUGUUUCUGUUCCCUGUUCCUGUUUAUUUAUGACACCAAUUUCUCUUGGUCCUUCCAAACUUCUGAACCCGCUCCUUCCUGGGGAGGGACACGUUGUGUUUUUGCAGCAGUUUAUCUGUGACAAUCCUGCCCGUGACACCGUUCAUAUCUUUUCUGUUGGGUAACAUCUGUUGAUCCUCAGGCCUUUGACUUCGAGACUGGUUGGGGGGGAACUGGGAAGGAGGAAUCAGCAGAGAGCAAAAAUGGCUGUUUUUAGUCUUGGUACUUUUUGUCAGUCAGCAGUACUGUAGGAACUGGGUGGGAGAUACGAAGCGGAGUGCUGUUGUCAGAGAUCUCCAGUCCUUCCUCUCCUUGGUGUGGUGGUAGAAUGGGGGGAAGUUGACCUUCAAUGAGCUGGGUAACAGAUCUUUGUCUUGCUUGGGAUUGUGCCCCAUUGCACAAUCAUCUAUGGGGUUCCCAGUUUUCAGGCUGUGAUUCAUCUGUAGGGGUAGAGAGGUGGAGGGAGGAAUGAAGGGAAGGAAGGUGCAUUAGCCAUACCUGUCAGCAGGCACAUAGCAGACCAUCCCUGUGCCCUCCAUGCUAUCUCAAUGUGCUCCUACCAACCCCACAGCCAGGCAAUGCCCUCCUGGAGGACAUCUGGGAGGAUCUCAUUACCUGCUGGCAGUGCCACCAGUGCUUUUAUUUCCCUGCUCAGGCAGGGGAAAAUUAAGGUCUGCAGUCACUCCCCAUAUGCCCAUAUGCCCCCUUCCUGCCUGUGGUUUCCGUGCCUUCUUCCUCUUGCGCGAGUGUUUCCUUCCUGGGGCUGAGCAGAGGGGAAGUAGCACCUAGUGUUCGUGGUCACUGUUGGCAACAGGGGCACCGAGGACCCAUCACUCUGGCCAAGGUCCCUGGGAAGGGAUAUGUCUCCUGCCAUGCCCACACCUCCUUCCAAUGCGACUGUCUCUGCAAUCCCCAAUUCUGCCCUGGGACUGACCCUGCUGUCUCUGGCAAUGGUCGUAGGGCUGCCGGGGAAUGCUUUCGUGCUCUGGAGCUGGGUCGUCACCCGUCGCCGCAGCAUCCCCAUGCUUCUGGUGGCCCAUCUGGCCCUGGCUGACGUGGCUACGCUGCUCACCGGCCCCGUUUACAUCCGAUUCCUCAGCACUGGCAGAUGGGACCUGGGCCCAGCCGCGUGCCGCGGUUGCAACUACAUCUGUGCAGCUGCCAUGUACACCAGCAUCUUCCUCAUUGCCCUGCUCGGCCUGCACCGCUGCCUGGUGGUGUCCCGGCCAUCCACUGCUGUGCUGACAGGUGACCGUGCCACCCAUCUGGCCCACGGGGCUGCUGCCAUCACUUGGCUGGUGGCCUUGGUGUUGGCCACCCCUUCUAUCGCUUUUCGGCACGUGGAGAAUGGGAUGUGCAAGAGGAACCACAAUUCCACCGCUUGGCUGGUGACCCACAACCUGCUGGAGACUGGGCUGGGCUGGGCUGUGCCAUUGACCGCCGUGGCUGUUGGUUAUGGGCUGCUGCUGCGGAGGCUGCGGAGGACGCGAUUGGCGCGGCGGGGACGCACUUUGAGGUUGGUGGCCGCCGUGGUGGUCGCCUUUGCCGUCACCUGGGGACCCUACCACGUCGGCAGCUUGUUGGAGGUGGUGGUGGAGCUGAAGAGCUGCACUGGGACUCUAAGAAAGGUUGCCAAGGCCAUCCGACCGCCGGCCACUGCGCUGGCAUUUCUUAGCAGUGCACUAAAUCCGCUGCUCUAUGCCUGUGCUGGGAGGGGACUUUGUCGCACUGCAGGGGCUGCACUCCUGCCCCGGCUCUUAGAGGGCUCCACGGCCUCCAGCAGUGCCCGUAGGACUGUCACACAUCGGGCCAGGAGCUCACGGGGACAGCAGGAGAAUGGAGGCAAGGAGGUGGCUGGGGAAGAUAUGGGAACAGGGGAUGGGAGGACAGUGGCAGAAGGAACGGUGACAACAGAUGAGGGGACGGUGGUGGAGAGCACUGUGAUGGGGGACAGUGGGAGGGCGUGAUGGAUGGGAAGGCUUUGGGAUGGAUGUUGUUAUAUUGUGGGGUGCUGUGGGGAGGGGUCCUUGGAGUACUCUAGGGUUGUAUUAGGAAUUCUCAGGGGUAAUCGUGGGAGCUCUGGGGGGGGAGGGGGCGGCCUUUAGGGGUU